CCAGCGCACCACGCCAGCGCCAGCAGCAUUCAGAUGGGAGUAAUGCCCGGUCAGCCGCCUUCUGCCAACUCCACCACCAACGGUCACAUGAACCUGUACUUUGGCUUCAACUCCAUUGACAGCGCAUGCUGCCCUCCCAGCAGCGACUCCGGUGUGUCUUGCAGCGGUGGGCGAGUCGGCGGGUCACCAAACGAAGAACAGCAGGAGGCAGUUAGGAUGUUUGCAGGCGAACAGGAGAUCCAUCGCAUCCUAGUGGAAGUGAUGUACAUCGCUCAGCGGUUCCGUGACCAGGAUGAGGCCGAGGCCAUCUGCAGCGAGUGGAAAUUUGCGGCAGCAGUCGUGGAUCGGCUCUGCCUGGUGGCGUUUUCACUUUUCUCCAUCAUCUGCACCUUUACCAUUCUCAUGUCUGCUCCAAACUUCAUUGAGGCAGUCUCGAAAGACUUCACAUAAUUGCAAAAGCAUCACACUUUCGUUUUCUUUUGUUUUUAAAGAAACACCACGUGAUUGAGAAGUGUCUACCACCAAAGUCGAU